AUUGAGUGAGUGGCGGUGGUAGCGCGCGCACGUCGGUCAUGGAGUCCCUAUGGAGCCAGUUUUGAUUACAAGCUGCGUUACAGCAUUCUUCCUGUAUUUCAACACGCUAGACGCCGAAUUUGCCUACGAUGACAGUCGCGCCAUAAAAACCAAUCCCGAUGUAUUACCCACGACGCCCUUGUCACAGCUCCUGUGGGAUGACUUCUGGGGGACUCCUCUCACUCACAGUGGCUCCCACAAGUCCUACAGACCCCUCACCGUCCUCUCCUUCAGACUCAACUAUAUGGUAUCAGAAUUCAACCCCAGGUCAUAUCACGUAACGAAUGUCGCCCUGCACGUAGCAGCCACGGGUCUGUUUGCCGUGCUGGCCCGGGCCUUGACCCACGCCCGUCUGGCACGCACGGCCGCGCCCCUGCUCUUCGCCGCCCAUCCUAUCCACACCGAGGCCGUGGCGGGGGUGGUCGGACGCGCCGACGUGGGCGCGGCUAUCUUCUUCCUGGGCGCGCUGCUCUCCUACAUGAGAUACUGCGGCUGCGGGCGGGGUAGCGCGGCUUUGGGCGGCCGUGUGGGGCGGCAUGUAUGGUUAGGGGCGGCGCUGGUCUCAGCCACCCUCUCGAUGCUGACGAAGGAGCACGGCAUCACGGCUCUGGCUGUCUGCGCGGCCUAUCACGUCUUCGUCCACGCGAAGCUGAGACCAAAGGAGGUGUUCUCCAUUCUCUCCGAGCGUCGUCACCGAGGUGUAGUGGAGGGCCUGAGCGCCCUGGGAGCGUCCUUAGUCGUCUUACUCGCGUGCCGUUUGGUCAUAAUGGGCUCGCAGCCCCCGGAGUUCGCUCCCGCCGACAACCCGGCGGCGGACUGCGAUUCGCCCGCCGUGAGGGCGCUCACGUUCUUCUUCCUGCCGGCGUUUAACGCCUGGCUCCUGCUGUGCCCGAACACCCUCUCCUUCGACUGGUCGAUGGAGGCCAUUCCUUUAGUGACCUCCCUGGGCGACCCGAGAAACCUGGCCUCCGCCGCCCUCUACGCAGUCAUAGGCCUCCUGGGGCUGACGGCGCUCCUCUCCCUGCGGAGGAGGCGCCUCGUGGACGAAUCCGGCAACGGGGAGACGUCCACGACGGGGGACGUCACCGUGAUGGGCCUGGCUAUCCUCAUCCUGCCCUUCCUGCCGGCGACGAACCUCUUCUUUUACGUCGGCUUCGUGGUGGCCGAGCGCAUCCUCUACAUCCCGUCGAUGGGCGCUUGCCUCCUGGUGGCGUGGGGGGCGCAUGUGCUGUACGCGCGGGCGCGCACGCUGCGCGCCAGGCGCUGCAUCCAGGUGGCUCUCGUCAUCCUGUUCGUCUUGUUCGCCGCGAGGACCUGGAGGAGAAACCGCGACUGGGAGACGGAGGAGAACCUCUACCGCUCAGGCAUUGCCAUCAAUCCGCCAAAGGGUAACGUACGGGGUAACCUGGCAAAUAUCCUGAGUUCCCAAGGAAAAAAAGAAGAAGCAGAGUGGGCAUACAAGAAGGCCUUAUCCUAUCGAUCAAAUAUGGCGGACGUCCACUAUAAUCUAGGAAUACUUUUUCAAGAGCAGAAACGUCACGAGGAGGCUUUGCAAGAAUAUAAGUUGGCGAUACAAUUCCGCCCUAGAAUGGCAAUGGCACACCUCAACAUGGGUCUGGUCUUGGGUCUCUUAGGCCAAAAGGCCGAGGCAGCCGAGGUCUACAGACACUGCUCGCAACUCGAUGGGUCCGGUCUCAAAGACCCGAGGACCCACGAAUCCACGAAGAUCUCGGCUCUGUUCAACCUCGGGAGGCUCUACGCCGAUGAUGGCCACUUUGAGCGAGCCAUCGAUGUCUACCAGGAGGCCGUCGAGAAGAUGCCUCCUUAUUACCAGCCUCAGAGUCUAUACAAUAUGCUCGGGGAAGCCUUCUUCAAACUGGAGAGAUUUGAAGAGGCGGAAAAAUUCUACCUGGAGGCGCUGAAGGUGAAGGCAGAUCACGUCCCUGCUCAUCUCACCUAUGGGAAACUGCUCGCCAAAAUGCAAAGGAUUAGCGAAGCUGAGGAGUGGUUUCGCCGAGCGAAGGCCCUCGCGCCGAACGAUUCCACAGUUCACCAGCACUUCGGUCAGUUUCUUUCCGAGGUGGAACGGCACGAGGACGCCGCUGAUCACUAUGUGAGGGCAGCCCAACUCGCUCCGUCGGAAUACGAGAUUAUCUUCAACGCCGCCAACACUCUGCGGCAGGCAGGUCGGAAUAAGCAGGCCGAGGAAUACUACAGGUUGGCAGUCCACCUCCGACCUCAGGAGGCUACGUCACACAUGAACCUUGGAGCCAUGCUUCACGUUAACGGGAAGCUCCUGGAGGCCGAGUCGAGCUACCUGGAAGCCCUCCGCUUGAAGCCAGACGAUUCGAUAACCCGGACCAACCUGCAGAAGCUGAGGCACCUCCUAGCCAAGAAGGGCAUCAGCCCGUCAAGAUAGCAGCCCUCGGCUUCCCGAACAGAAGAAAUAAUCAAAAGAAGGCGUGUCCCAAGCGUCUCGACGUAAGCAGGUCACUGGGAAGCAUCGGGUGGUAAGGUAGAUGGAUCCUCGGGAGUAUCUCUUCGCGGGCAGGAAUGGGUCGUCAAGAGAAGGCAGGCAUGAAAGACAAUCAACAUCGUGACCGGUCGACAUCAAAUUUUUUCUUCUUACUGCCUGACAACGAAGCUGGAGGGAUAACGAAUACCCAGAAAGGAUUGGCCCAAGCGAGGUAGUCAGUCCUGCCAUCCGUCUUGUCGGUCAGGAUCCAAACGCUGAAAGAAAAGUGAAGAUAUGGUUAUGGGGACAAUUUGAUUGACUCGUCAAAGGUUGUUGUUUUGGAUAGGUAUUUUUGGUGAUAGUAUAGAAAAAAGCACACACCUUUCCUGAGUCAGCAUUAUUGUGUCAAAACACCCAGUACAGUAGAAGAUAAAAUCUGGGCAUUCAUUAUUCAGCAGUGAAAAAGGAUGAAUAGAAAUGCGAGUGUUUCAGCUGAUCUGCUGCAAUUAAUCCUAAAUCCAUUGUAUAAAAAGUGCCUGAAUUGAUCGAAUUGGGAAAAAGCAAUUCUUGGUGGAGUAACGAUCAAAGAUCUUUUGCAAUUUCUGUGGCUACAAUGUUCCUUGAGAAAAAGGAUAUGAAUCAGGCUAGGCUGUGAUAAUUGCAAUUAAACAGAAUUACCUCAAAGAGUCAUUAAUAUUUCGUAGAUGAGACCACGGACUAAGUAUGUCCCAAAAAAUAUCGGAUGUAAAGAAAUAACUUUUCAUCGAGCACCCGAGACAUAAUAUAAAGUCAAUUUUUAAUUUAUUUUUUAUUUUGAUGAUCUGAAGGGCUAAGAAACUCAUGAAUGAUUUUUUUCCUAAACCUAAAUGCAUUUUGAGAAUUUUCUUUCUGGAUAUUCCAAGUGCCUUAACAUACCACAGUGCCAAAUGUAUACCAGAUCAGGGACGGUGCCAAUUAGUAAAACUUUUAUAUGAUCGACUUGAAAUGUAAUGAAAAUUAUAUCAAACGAACGACAAAAAUUAAGUGCCAAAUUUUCCUUAAUCUUUUGUAUAUGAGUAAAUGAAGUAUUUAGUGUAUAAUAUCCAUUUCACACAGAAUUUGCCUUGAAAACUAACUGCAUUAUCUUGCAAUUUUUAAAUCGCAAAACUUACACGGUAAUUGUUAUCUAAGCCACAAUAUAAGAGGUACCUGCUUAUACGGAAGAGCCUAAAAGAUUUCCUUUAGCCUAUGGGACAUAAAGUAUGACCGACUUGAGAUAGAAAAUAUCCAUAUAUUUAACAAGAAAGUUUGCAUACCAUGAAUCCCUCGCCAAGGUCAUUGAAAAAGUCUAAUGGGAAAAGAACAAUAUGUCCACUUCCCUCUCAAGAUAAGCGAGCCCAGAUCUAUGUUGGUAUGUGCCCAGGAAGCGAAAGAUAAAGAAAAUGCCCUGAGGUAUCUCGUUGACCCAUGCAUCUACAGUCCAGUGAGAGUAUUAUGAUAAUAUGAACUGUGAUCAAAAAAGGUUGUGGUAUCACGUUUCUGCAAUAGUCUCUGAAAGACAAGAGAGAGAGGAAAAAAACAGUGCUGCUGCUGAACACACCUCCCU